GGUAUUUUGAGUAGGAAAAAUGGAUCUCUUCUCCGCCUAUCUGCCAUACCUUGUAGCCUUCUGUUUGUCUCUUCCACUCAUCAUCUUUGUCUUUCUAUACAAACCCUCCAACACAAAGCUCCCUCCUGGUAAAAUGGGGUUGCCCAUCAUCGGGGAAAGUAUUGAGUAUGGCUUAGCAGCCGCAAGGGGAAACCCACAGGGAUUCAUAGCUGAUAGAAUGACCCAGUACUCCCCCGAUGUGUUUCGGACCUCCUUGAUGGGAGAGAACAUGGCUGUGAUGUGUGGUGCGGCAGGGAACAAGUUCCUGUUCUCCAACGAGAACAAGCUUGUCAAGUCAUGGUGGCCACGCUCAGUCUAUAAAGUUCUCUACUUCCCAUCUCCUAACGACAAGGAUUCUUCUGGCGCAGCAGACUUGAUGAUGAACAUGAAGAGCUAUCUCAUCGAAUUUGUCAAGCCAGAUGCUCUGCAGCAGUACAUACCAGUCAUGGAUUCCAUGGCACGCGAACAUAUAGAUAUGGAUUGGGCUCCUAACAGAGAAGUGAAGGUGUUUCAAUUAGUUCAGAAGUACACCUUCGCAUUGGCCUGUCGCCUGUUUAUGUACAUCCAAGGCGAGGAGAAUAUUGCCAAGAUUGCUCACCCCUUCCAUCUUAUUGUUCAAGGGUUCAUGUCUGUUCCAAUAGAUCUUCCCGGUACUGGAUUCAAUCGUGGUAUCAAAGGAGGAAAAAUGAUCAGGGAAGAGAUUGAAGCGGUCAUCAAAAGGAGAAGAACGGAGUUGUUAGAGAAGGGAGUAUCAAAAGUCCCUGAUCUAUUGUCUCGAAUGCUCCUAUCUCCAGAUGAGAAAGGAAGGCAUCUGAAUGAUAUAGAGAUUAACAGUUAUAUGGUUGGUUUACUCCUAGCCAGCCAUGAUACCACGAGUUCCGCAAUAACUUUCACCCUGAAAUAUCUUGCACUGUUUCCUGAUGUACAUAAUAAGGUCCUGAAAGAGCAAAUGGAAAUAGCACAGUCCAAAGGUCCAGGUGAGCUUCUGAAUUGGAGUGACAUCCAGAAGAUGAAAUAUACUUGGUGUGUAGCAAGGGAAUCAAUGAGGCUUGCACCCCCUGCCCAAGGAGCUUUUAGAGAAGCCACAACUGACUUCACUUUUGCAGGUUUUACCAUUCCAAAGGGAUGGAAGACGCAUUGGUGUGUACAUUCAACACAUAAGAACCCCAAAUACUUUCCCAAUCCUGAGAAAUUUGAUCCAUCCAGAUUUGAAGGAAAGGGCCCUGAGCCAUACACUUUUGUACCUUUUGGGGGAGGACCUCGAAUGUGCGUUGGCAAAGAAUAUGCUCGACUGGAAAUACUUGUGUUUAUCCACAAUGUGGUGACCAAAUUCAAGUUAGAGACUGUGCUUGAAAAUGAAAAGAUUUUGUUUGGUUUGUCAGCCCUUCCGGCAAAAGGUCUCCCAAUUCGCCUCCAGCCUCAUCAAAACUAGACUGAAUUUCCACUUGCUAACUCAGCCAUGUCUGCGUACAAUCUCUAAGAAACACUAGACAGUUUUUUUCUUUUUCUUCAGUACUACCAAAUAAAUUGAAUAUAUGCAUAUGCAUAUAUACUAGUGUUCCACCACCGUGUUACCAAUGUAUGGAAUUGGCUUGCAAUUAAUAUGUAUGAAAUCCUUUUUCU